AUGGAGCCCACUGUACCGGACUUACAGCUUGUGCCAGAGGUGACAAAGGAUGCCCCUGUCCCUGCUCCAGACUCUGGCCAUUGUCGAACGGCUGUCAUGGUAGUGGUGGCCAUCAGCUUGGCCAUCCUGACCCUAGGAGUCCUUUCGGCCUUCCUCUCCGUGCAGGGCGCCCAUGUGGAGCACGCGGCAGAGCUACUCGGGAUCCGGUUCACCAGCUCUUUGCAGCAGGAGAACUCUGAAUUGUACCGCCUGCUCACGCCUGCUCUGCAGACGCUGUUUGUGAGUAGUUUCCAAAAAACAGAGUUAGAAUCGAGCUGCACAGGCUGCACAGUGCUUAGUUACAGGGAUGGCAAUUCCAGUGUGAUUGUGCAUUUUCGGCUACACUUUAUGCUCCGAACCCUCCAGCCACUGAGCCUGGAGCAGGAAGCAGACAUCUUGCAGAAAGGAGUCCAGGCGAGGCUGCAGGAGCAAGGCCUUGCCCUGGCUGCCUACGGCACCAUCACGUCAGUCGAGCUCACAGGAGGAAGGUGUGAAGGUCCGGUGACGGAGAGGGACCUAAAGUCAGGUCACUGCCCAGGGAAUGCCUUCUCCUGUCAGGACGGUCAGUGCGUGAGCAAAGAGAACCCGGAGUGUGACGACAGGGCGGACUGCUCCGACGGCUCUGAUGAGGCACAGUGCGACUGCGGCUGGCAGCCUGCCUGGAGGUCGGCCGGCAGGAUUGUGGGUGGCGUGGAGGCUGCUCCCGGGGAGUUCCCCUGGCAGGUCAGCCUUCGGGAGAAUCACGAACACUUCUGCGGUGCCACCAUCAUCGGUGCCAGGUGGCUGGUGUCUGCUGCCCACUGCUUCAACGAAUUCCAGGACCCUGCGCAGUGGGCCGCCCAGGCGGGCAGUGUGCACCUGAGCGGUUCAGAGGCCAGCGCUGUGCGCGCACGCGUGCUCCGCAUCGCCAAGCAUCCCGCCUAUGACGCGGACACGGCGGACUUCGACGUGGCUGUCCUGGAGCUGGCGCGCCCGCUGCCCUUCGGCCGCUACGUGCAGCCUGCCUGCCUCCCCGCGGCCACGCACGUCUUCCCGCCGCGCAAGAAGUGCCUGAUCUCGGGCUGGGGUUACCUGAAGGAGGACUUCUUGGUGAAGCCAGAGGUCCUUCAGAAGGCCACGGUGGAAUUGCUGGACCAGAGCCUGUGUUCCAGCCUGUACGGCCACUCGCUCACAGACAGGAUGGUGUGUGCCGGCUACCUGGAUGGGAAGGUGGACUCUUGCCAGGGUGACUCCGGAGGACCCCUGGUCUGUGAGGAGCCUUCCGGAAGGUUCUUCCUGGCUGGUAUUGUGAGCUGGGGAAUUGGCUGUGCAGAAGCGCGGCGCCCAGGGGUCUACACCCGGGUCACCAGGCUGCGGGAUUGGAUCUUGGAGGUGACCAGCACAGGUGACGCGCCUGCGGUCCCCACCGCAGCUCCAGUGCCUGCCACCCCCAGCAUUCCCUGGCCUACCAGCCCUGAGAGCCGGGUGCCCAACACCACCGCUGCUCCCAGCCCUGUGCCACCGCACCCCAGCACUGCGGCCAAGCCACAAGAGUGUGGGGCCAGACCUGCAAUGGACAAGUCCACUCGGAUUGUGGGCGGGGUCAGCGCCAUAUCUGGGGAGGUGCCCUGGCAGGCCAGCCUGAAGGAAGGAUCCAGACACUUCUGCGGCGCCACCGUGGUGGGUGACCGCUGGCUGCUGUCCGCCGCCCACUGUUUCAACCACACCAAAGUGGAGCAGGUGCACGCGCACCUGGGCACCGCGUCCCUGCUGGGUGUUGGCGGGAGCCCCGUGAAGCUGGGGCUGCGAAGGGUGGCACUGCACCCCCGCUACAACCCUGGAAUCCUGGACUUUGACGUGGCCUUGCUGGAGUUGGUCCAGCCGUUGGUCUUCAACAAAUACAUCCAGCCGGUCUGUCUUCCCCUGGCCAUCCACAAGUUCCCCGUGGGCCGGAAGUGUAUGAUCUCAGGCUGGGGCAACGUGCAGGAGGGAAAUGCCGCCAAGCCCGACAUCUUACAGAAGGCAUCCGUGGGCAUCAUAGAGCAGAAGAUAUGUGGAGCCCUGUACAACUUCUCCCUCACUGACCGCAUGCUCUGCGCCGGCUUCCUGGAGGGCAGAAUUGACUCCUGCCAGGGUGAUUCUGGUGGCCCCCUGGCAUGUGAGGAGACUCCUGGUGUCUUUUACCUGGCCGGCAUCGUGAGCUGGGGCAUUGGCUGUGCCCAAGCUAAGAAGCCCGGUGUAUAUGCACGAAUCACGCGCCUCAAGGACUGGAUCCUGAAGGCCAUGUCCUCAGACCCCAGCUCCAUGGCUCAUCCCCACACCUCCAGCACACGGCUCACCCCCAGCAAGCCCCCCAGAACCACAGCAGAUGGCCUCAUUAUCCCUGAGGCCACCACCGGCAGACCUGCUACUCCCAGGGCCACCAUCAGAGUGACCACUAGACCACUCAACACGACGUUGUCUGCCAGGAGUACCACCACCAGGGGACAGACACCAGCCCCAAACGCUCCGGGCACCACCAUAUACUCUCACCUGCCAGACUGUGGCCUGGCGCCCCCCGGGGCCCUGACCCGGAUAGUGGGCGGCAGCGCAGCGUCGCUUGGGGAGUGGCCCUGGCAAGUGAGCCUGUGGCUGUGGCGCAGGGAGCACCGGUGUGGGGCGGUGCUGGUGGCCGAGAGGUGGCUUCUGUCUGCAGCGCACUGUUUUGACCUCUACGGGGACCCCAUGCAGUGGGCGGCCUUCCUGGGCUCUCCAUUCCUGAGCAGUGCGGAGGGCCAGUUGGAACGCGUGUCGCGCAUCUAUCGUCACCCUUUCUACAACAUCUACACGCUGGACUAUGACGUGGCGCUGCUGGAGCUGGCGGGGCCCGUGCGCCGCAGCCGCUUGGUGCGACCCAUCUGCCUCCCGGGUCCCGCGCGGCCCCCCGACGGCGCGCGCUGCAUCAUCACAGGCUGGGGCUCGUUGCGCGAGGGAGGCUCCAUGGCAAGGCAGCUGCAGAAGGCCGCGGUGAGGGUUCUCAGUGAACAGACAUGUCGCCGCUUCUACCCAGUGCAGAUCAGUAGCCGUAUGCUGUGUGCAGGCUUCCCGCAGGGUGGCGUGGACAGCUGCUCGGGUGAUGCAGGGGGACCCCUGGCCUGCAGGGAGCCGUCUGGCCAAUGGGUGCUAACUGGGGUCACCAGCUGGGGCUACGGCUGUGGCAGGCCCCACUUCCCGGGUGUCUACACUCGAGUGGCUGCAGUGCUGGGAUGGAUAGGCCAGAACAUCCAGGCAUGACUGCCCUGUGGCCA